GCGCACGCAAAGCCGUCACCGACCGAAUUCGUCGGUGGCGCGGGCUUCCGUUCCUCCCUCGUCUGACCCUGCCGGCAGACGCGACGCAACAGCACGCGCGAGAGAGCGAGGAUCGAGGCCCGCAACGUGGCCUGCGCCUUUGCUUCGCUUCGCAGGGAAGUCUGGUAGUAGCGCUAGCGUGGGCGUGGUAUAUAACGAGCGCGAGAUCCAGAUCUGGAGCCGAUGCGCCCCGCCCCGACCCUGCUCGCCCUCACCCUCGACGCCGCGCUCCUCCGCAUCGCCACCCUCCCCGACCUCUCCCGCCUCCCCGACCACAUCCUCGUCGACCUCUUCCGCAGAACCCUUAGUGCUGGUAAGCUGACAGAGAGAGUCCUCAAAUUGUUUCUGGCAACCGACUGCGAGGAGAUCAUCUUGCUUGUUCAGCUCCUCAACAUUAAGCAGCCACUUCUACCGGUCCUUCCCACGAGGUGCUCUGAGAAGUUCUAGUACUGCUGCUGCUUAGAUCAGGCUGAUUAGCUGUGAAGAUGUCUUUGGAAGUUCAUGAUAGCGAGGUUGACAUUGUGAUUGCAGCACUCCAGCCCAACCUGACCUCUUUCUUUCAGGCGUGGCAGCCAUUUUUCUCCCGGUUUGACAUCAUUGUUGUCAAAGACCCAGAGUUGACAGCAGAUCUUCAGAUCCCUUCAGGUUUUAAUGUGAAGGUUUACACAAAGUCUGACAUUGAUGGACUGCUUGGUGCCACAUCCAUCAACUUCUCUGGCCACUCAUGCCGUUACUUUGGAUACCUUGUUUCACGCAAGAAGUAUGUCAUCUCGAUUGAUGACAACUGCCUCCCAGCAAAGGACCCUGCCGGGAUGACUGUUGAUGCUGUUACACAGCACAUGAUCAAUUUGAAGACACCAGCUACUCCUUUCUUCUUCAACACACUGUAUGACCCAUACCGCAAGGGUGCUGACUUUGUCCGUGGAUACCCAUUCAGCUUGCGUGAGGGGGUUGAAUGCAUGCUCUCAUGUGGGCUCUGGCUGCACAAUGCGGACUACGACCCAAUGACGCAUGUGGUGAAGCGGAACCAGCGCAACACGAACUAUGUGGAUGCUGUGAUGACAGUUCCGCUCGGUGCGAUGUUCCCUGUCAGCGGGAUAAAUGUUGCAUUCAACCGUGAGGUUCUGGGGCCUGUGAUGUUCCCUGGCCUGCGGAUCCGCAAGGAAGGGAAGCACAGAUGGGACACCCUUGAAGACAUAUGGAAUGGCCUGUGUGCUAAGGUGGUCUGCGACAGCUUGGGCUACGGCGUGAAGACUGGACUGCCUUACGUGAUGAGAAGUGAUGCAGAGGCAGGCAAGGCCUUGGAGAGCCUCAAAGAGUGGGAAGGGGUGAAAGUGAUGGACGAUGUCCUUCCCUUCUUCGAGUCGCUCAAGCUCUCGAGGACCGCAGUUACUGUCGAUGACUGCAUUAAGGAGCUAGCUGGCGUUGUGAGGCAGAAGCUGGCGCCAAAGAAUGCAAUCUUCGCCAAAGCUGCCGAUGCCAUGGAGGAAUGGACCAAGCUCUGGAAAUCUCAUGGAGCUCAGAACGCGUAAUACUGGACUGCGUCCAUUUUAUCCAUCAAGAUACUUAUGUUUCUUCUUCUUGGACUUUACAAUUUCCAUAUGCACUGUUAUGAUGCAGCUGAAUAAACAAUGUUUCCGUGUGAGGGGAAUUUGUGA